CUGAACAAUGUAUGUUUAAGGUCUUCCCUGCUCCUAAAUGUUUAUGAGUCAGUCACCGGAUUACAAAUCAUUCCAUAAUAGAAACACGCCCUUUAUUAAACAGGAAUGGUCAACAGUCGUUUUACAAUAACAAUAUCAGAAAUGAUGGAUAAAGCCGAGGUGCAGACUUUGCCCUCUGGGCCUGAGGGCUCCUUAUCUGCGAGCUAAUGGUUUAUCCAUUAAACUUCCGCUGUCGCACUGAGCAAACGCUACAUGAAAAGCAGAAGUCUGUCUAUGCAGCGAGAGGAACAUUUAACUUCCCUACAGAAGCUGACGGUUUGAAUCCCACUAUGGGUCUCCGAGGGUCUAAACUGCCUGAAGUCAAUGUUCUUCUCCUGGGUUUGGACAACGCUGGAAAAUCGACCCUUCUUUACAAACUGAAGCACAAGGCGUGUGUCAACACAGUCCCCACCAUUGGCUUCAACGUGGAAAUGAUUGAGACCAAAAAGAACAGAAAGAACAUCGCCCUGACGAUGUGGGACGUCGGUGGCCAGGGAAGGAUGCGCGAACACUGGCCGAAUUUUCACCAGGACGCAGGCGCGGUGGUGUUUGUGGUGGACAGCGCCGACAUGGAGCGUCUGGAGGAGGCGAGGAGAGAGCUGGAGAAAACGUUGAAGAGCGACCUGCUGUCCGGUCGGCCGCUGAUGGUUCUGGCCAACAAGCAGGACAAGAACGGAGCUCUGACGGCCACCGACAUCAAGGACAGGUUUCACCUGAGAAAGCUCUGCACAGGCCGGGACUGGUACGUCCAACCUUGUUCCGGAUCCACGGGGUUCGGAGUGGAGGAGGCUUUCAAUCGGUUGGUGCAAAUGGUCAAACUGCCCUCAGAUCCUGGGGCGAUGAAGGACAACAUCAAGGAAACAGUGCAAUAUUUGAGAUCCAACAGCAAACAAUAAGUUUUAUUAACGAGAUCUCUAUCCUUUCUAUGGCCCAGAAACAGGUGUUCAGCAUCCACAGCCCAACUAUAACAGUGGAACCAUAACGGCUCUUGAACUACUGACAAAACGUUAGUAUUAUUUAUAGUGAGCUCUGCACAGAUGCAGGCAUCUUCACAACACAACACGGUAAGGGUAAAUAGUUUAAAACACGUUGAGCAUUCCAUCAUUGAACUAAGUAUUUUAAUCUCAUCAUCACUAAACCUGUCAUAUCUCCACUGUACACACCCCUGAUGGACUUCAGAGUACAAUCUGUUUACUUUAUCGAGGACUUUUUGAUAUGAUACUCAAAUGUCAAACGAAUGUAUUACUUUGCAGCCUUAUAAAACGCACAGCCAUUGUCACGGGCUCUAUUUUGGUACAGAAAAACAAACGACUGAGUUAUAGACUAUACGAUUCAAUAUAUGGUUCAGAAGAUGAGCGACAGGG